CGAAUCUAGUAGCCAAAACACAUACGCUUAGGUUUCUUUAUAAAUUUAUGUAAACAAAAUUUUGGUAUGGUAUAAUUUGGUCAUGCAGCCCAAUGAAUCUAAUCGAAGAACUGUGCUUAAGUCCCCUGACCUAUUGGUCACUGGCAAAUCAAACCUGAAAAAGUGCGACCUUAGCAAGGAUACACAACGUAUGCGUCAAGAAGGUGGCGAAAAUCAACGCAAGUUAAAGAAUCUGAAUAGGCAAUUCGAGCGUGAUAUCUUGCGUCUGGAAAACUCAAUUAACAGUAUGGACGUGUCCGACAAGACUGUAGCUACUGAAUGGAUAACCAAACUGAAGGCACGACCACCCAAUCUGAAUGAAGCACUUGCUCGAAAUUAUAUUUUGACUCAUCUUCUGCAAUUAACACAUCUGCAAAUAUUCAAGUGCAAACCAUUUUGUCGACCGCCCCCUCAAAACUCGCUCUCGAAGAUCAAAUCAAGAAUUCCCACGAUUUGUGGCAGAACGAACAACAUUGAUGAUCUCUACGAAAAUAUAAGGGACAACGGCAAGUUCCUUAAUAAAUUACCCUUGCCACGUGAUGGGGCGUUCUUCGUAAUACAUCUGCUACCAAAUAUAUGAGUAUUUCAAUUAGUGACAUUUGCAAAAUGCACAAUUUACUCAAAUACAAAAUAUUUUUAGUUUUUAAAAAUGACAUUGAUACCAUAUUAAACUCUAAUCUUAAGCGAAA